AGUUCAAAACAAGCAGUGCGCAUGCGUAAUUACCCCGUACACCCAAAUAUGGAAACCCCGGCAAAAACGUUCUUCCGCGAUGACGUCAUGUCUACCAUAAUUUCCUUCCCGUCAUGCAGCGGAGAACAACAAAAUGGCUGCGCCCAUUUCAGGAGUGCAUAAAAGACUGAAAAGUUCAGAGACUCCAUGGAGGGAAAAGCUGAAGCUCGGCCGGAUGGCUUGGAAGUCCAGAAGGGUCGUGCUCCCCAGAAGGGAGCAGGUUCUGUUAGACUGGGCUACCAGUGCCCUGAUCCAGCACUAUGCAAAAAAGACCUUGCUUGAGGAGCAGAUACUGCAGGAAUUGUGGCUCUUUUUGGAAGACAUACUGAAAAGCACAAGGUUAAAAUCUUUAGCACGAAGUGGAUCAAUCUUUCUCAAUUCAUCUUUCAACCAGGUUAUCACAGCAACACUAUCCAAUGCUUGUCAGCAGGCAGAUGCUCACACAAACUUUAUUCCUACUGUUCUGGAUUGUAUGGAGGUCAUCCUUGCACAACCUACCUUAGCUGCCGUCUUACUCUCCCGAUAUGAUGCAUGUGUGGAGUUGUUAAGGUCCAUGCUGUGUCUGACAGUCAGACUCUGUGCUGCCAACAUCCAAGAAAGUGUGCCAUCUUUGCUGUCCUUACUGGUGACUGUUCUUGAUAAAUGUACGUCCCUACAACGUCAGCAGCACAAACAUACCAAGGUAUUUCAGAGUGUGUGUGAGGAACUGUUGGCCCCAGCUGUCUGUUGCUGUUGGGUUCUAAACAACCAUUCCAAAAUGCUGUCUUCAACAAGAACUGAAGUCAUCACCAAGAUUCAGGAAAACCUGCACCAAGGUCUAUUCAUCAGAGAAAAUGCAGCAGCCUUUGAGAAACACCUGUGUGAUACCCCAGACUCCCCGUCAGUAGGAAACAAAGGAGUUGAGCUGUACUUCCAUCAGCUGGACCAACUUGCAAAGGACCGACCUGAUCCUUCCAUGUCCAAGCUCUGUGCCUUACCAGCUGGAGGUAUUGAGGAUGCAGUCCUCCUGUACUUACCUGCUGCCUUCAACAGCUUCCUGGCAUCAGCUGCAUGUACUGAUAUAACUAGGACUGGUUUUGCCAUGCUACAGACGUUGUGUGGGUUUACAAGGCUUACAGCUGAAAAUGAUAUGGAGACAGCAGAGAACGUACAGGAAGAGGACUGUAUGGAUGUUGAUGCAGAUGUAGAUGUAGACAAAAAAGAAGUCAGUGUAAAGGCACAGGAGAAAAGGCUGGUUGCCACAAGAGACCUGCUUCAAACAGCCCUGGAUCGGAAUAUUUACAGGGCACUAGAUGAUGCAAUGUCAGGUGGGAAGCAGUUGGCCUGGCUGCGGAAGUUGCUGCAUACUCUACUGCAGACCCCAACAACCACCACUGCAGCCAGACUGGACUGUAUGAGACUGACUGCAGCCAGACUGGACUGUAUGAGACUGACUGCAGCCAGGCUGGACUGUAUGAGACUGUUGCUGGACAUGAACCACCAAGUGGUGGCACCAAGGCUGGCAGACGUUUGGACCUGUUCUUGGCUGCUGCUGGAUAUAAUGGACCAGGAUUCUGCUGUACAGGUGUCCCAAGACAACUUGCUUUGCAGACUCCUGGAAACAUAUGCCAAAUUACGACAGGUGGACACCCUGUUGGUGGCUAUGCUGGAGUCUGUCGUAAAGAACCAGAAUCAGCUGUCAUUCUCUAAGACCUUCUCUCCCCUCACGUUACAGAGGUGGAGUGAGUUGGUACAGGGUUUGCCUGUAGGCCUGGCAAUGGAGAUAUGGCAAGGAAUGCUGAACAAGCUGCAGGAACAGUACCAGCUAGAUCUGCCCCAGCUGAAGUGCACGUCGGCCUGUCUAGAACAGAUGACCACCCUCCUGUGCCUCUUCCUGCUCCACCUGAGACUCUGGGACGUCAACAUCACGUCUCCCACGGCAACCAGAGUGGACCAGCUGAUGGCCUCCACCUGCAGCUCCGUCAUCUCUCCUCUCUUCAAACUCUGUCUGGCAACCAAGCAGGUGGAUGAAUACCUACAUUUUUCUGCUCUCCACCUGUGCCAUACCUGGUGCCAGCUCCACAUGCUUUCCAUACACAUGAAAGGCUCAAAACACAGCAAUGAAUCUGUGCCCAAUCUUGGAGUACAUGAGGAAUGGUGGGACUUCAGCCUGCAGUACCCUCAUGUGUCACCAGGGGAGUGGUCAACCCUAUGUCAGAAACUUCUCAAAGCAAAUAGCAAGAGGAUACGUUAUGUCCUGGAAAUGCUGUGUCUGCAGAAGGUCAAGAUGUUAAGGAUGUUGACAAGCACCUCUGAAGAAGAGACAGUGAAGAGGAGGAUUGAGAAUGCCAUCGUCACAAGUGUGACAAGUGACAGCUACUCCACAGCCCGCUGGUACCUCCUCUGCAGCAACAUUGGCCUGAUUGUCCCACUGUGUACCCAGCGUCAGUUAGCACUUUGGGCACACAGCCUUCUACAGACUGUAGUCACUGAGAGCUGCCCAAACAUGUCAGCCAGGCUGGUGACCAGAGCCAUGAUAUCUGCAGACCUGCUGCAGAGCGCCACCUAUCUGGAGCUGCUGCCCAUGCAGGAAGCCAUGAUCACUGCCAUCCUCAGGGGCCUGGCAGACUCUGUAGACUGCAGCAGGAAUGCAUCAGUCAUCAGACUGUGUGUGAAGGUGCUGCAGGAACUAAGUGAAGACUUCCAUCCUGUGUCAGCUACCACUGGACCAGAGGAGGACACACCCCAACUGUCAAAAGCCAUCACAUCAGCAGCAGUCGCACUACAGAGUCUUCAGAAAGCUGUGCAAAAGAAGUGUACUGUAUAUCUAUCAGGGAAGCAGUUACAAAUGAUGUGCCAUUACUUCAAGGUGCUGCAACGGCUGCCGCUGCAGUGCCUGUCAGGUGUCAGCUCAGUCCGCUGUGUUCUCGGCUGUCUCGCUGUCAACUGUCUACUGGGGGCUUCACACAGUGUUUCAGACUAUGCUCCAGCUGUCCUGAGAACAAACCUGGAGGUGCUGAGAGAUGUCAUGACUGGACAGAGGAAAACCAGUCUUUGGCAAACCUUAGAUGCAGCAGUCACUAUGAAGUGCCUUCUACUAACUUGUGAACGAACUCAGGACAAGUCACAGUCCAUGUCUCUGGAUGACACCUACCAGGAUCUGAUGUACCACCUGUUGUGGUCCGUGGUGAGGUCAGCUGAGGGCACGUCCACCCUGCCCAGCUUCACAACACACCUGUGUGAAGCCAUGCGGAGCCUGUCCCAGUCACCUGCAUCACGUGAUGGGCACAGACUGGACUUACGUGCACCACAUGAGCGGCACAGACUGGACUGGCUGUUCAUCUCUGCAGGCUGCACUCUGUCAGCUGGACUCAUGGUUAUGCAGAACAAGGUGAAAGUGCCUACAGUCCAGGGUGACAUCAUCGCCUCCUGUACCAGGCAACUGGCCAUGUCUGUUGCUGCAGUGGUACAUGUACCAUCAGUGGGCCCGCCAGCUGUUGCUGUGGUGAAACAUGUACCAUCAGUGGACCUGCCAGCUGUCACCACUGCCAUGGCUGCUGCGCUCAGGGUUCAGAUGGGAGAGUCACAAGUUGGUGAGGACUGGACUCCUUGUAUUGAGCGCCAUGUUUGCAGCCUGAAGACCAUGCUGACAGAGAUUCAGGCAAAUCUACAGAACAUCAGGGCCUGCCUGGGCUUUCUGAAGACCGUGGCAGGUGGAGUGCCCAAGUGGCAGGCAGUCCUUCCUGAGGAGUUUGAGCCAACUGUGUACAACCUGGCGGUGCAGCUGCUACUCAGCGUUCACUCCACCAACAAGGAAGAGCCUUCAGAAUCAGCAUCAUCACCAGACAUGGCAGAUGUUGUGGCAGAGGCAGAAGCCUUGCUGCUGAUUGUGUGCAGAUGUUCCCAGCCUGAGCAGUUCUGCACAUACAUAGAGGGUCUGCAACAGCACUUGGACGGUGACGCGUCCGUGUGUGCUGCUCUCCAGCUGUGGCAGCUGGUACUGAGGGAGGAGUGGAAGGAUGAGAAGAGAGAUGCCGUCAACAGCAUUUUACCACAGUUGGUGCUGCAGCUCCAAGUUUUACUUCAGAAGUCAUGCAGUAAAGUUACAGUGGAUGAUGUUCUAAAGCAGACUGUUGUACCCAGUCUGCAAACAACUGCUGCCAUGCUGCAGGUUGGACAGGGAAGCCUACCAGACCACGUGGCCGGUGCAGCUCUACAUGGAUGCUAGGUUAUGUUCAGCACCAUGGACAGGUCAUUCAAGGCAAACCAAGUUCAAAAAUAAGCUGAAA